GGUUGCCGGAGCGUGAUUUGAUCGUAAAAUAAUAUUUUACAUUCAUUAAAAUUCCUAUUUUAUAAUUUACGUGGCCCUAACUAAAUCUCAGGUAAAUGUGGCUAAAUGCUAACAAUGCCGUUUAGGAUAGGUUUACACUGUAAAUGUUCUGAGUGCUGUGAAAUUAAUUGAAACAUGUGAUUGAAUGUUCACAAAUGUUUGUUAUCGUGUAUCAAUGUGUUGACACGAAUUGGAUUCCUAACAGUGGAUAGAUAUAUCACAAAUAUGGAGACAUGCUGUUCACGGUUUACCGCAGCGGAAGGUGGUGCAAGACUGGCAGCGGUGGCUAGCAUUAAGAAUACAAUUAUCACUGAGCACUGCACAUUCGUAGCAACAAGACUGCUGCAUGAAGAUGCUUAUAAGAUUAGAGGGUUACUAAGUGAAGGUCGUCAACGGUCUAUAUUUUUAACUAGAGCGUCACGUGUCGCCUAUAUAGCGUAUGAACUAGGAAUUCUAACAGAUCUCACGAUAGCUAAGUCUGCUGAUUACGAAGAUGUGACUGACUGGAAAGCGCAUUUAGAAGAGAAAGAAGUCAUAGUAUGUACAUCAAGAAUAUUAAAAUGUAUUCUGGAAGAUGGCUACCUCAGUAUGAAUAAUAUUAAUGUGUUAGUUAUAGAUAGCUGUCAUUUGAUAUCAACUGAUGAUGAUUUGAAAUAUGUUAUGCGUUUAUACAAAGAAUGUAUUGACAUAAAUAAGCCUAGGUUAUUAGCUCUCACUUAUCCAAUAUUUACGUCCAUUAAUUAUGACAACGAGGCAACUAAUAAUGAAAUAAACGGAGAGAAUAAGUCUGAUUUAAAAGAAAUAAUUCAAUCUGUUCCUGUAAAUGAAACUGUUGAAAUAAAAGACACAGAUAAAGACGAACAAAAAGAUUUUGACACUGACAGUUGUAAUGUCAUAGACAAUACCACAGAUGAGAUAAACAAUUCUGACAUAGAUAAAAUGAAUAAUGAAUUAAAAGAUGAGAAGAUUCCUAUUUCUGAUAUAACUGAAGAUGUGUUAGAAAUAGAAAGUUCUAGAGAUUUGUCAGACCGAACAAUAUCUUGUAAUAAUACAGAUCUUGAAAAAGAUAAAGAUAAAAAAGAUAUUAAUUUAGGUGUUUAUGUGAAUGAAGAUGAUUUUGAAAUGUACGAGAAAUUAGGCUGGAAAAUUGAAGAGUUGGAAAAAGAUUUGAAUUGCGAAAUGGAUUUAGCGGAAGAUAUUGAUGGCGGGAAAAGAUUAUCAACAACAAUUUCAAAGCCAAAAGAAGUUAUAAUAGAAUAUUCUAAACAACUUUCAUUAGAGAAACUUCCAGAAGUUUAUCAAGAAUUGGAUUUAUUUAUGAGAAGAACGAUACAAGAUGGAAUUGACUUUAUAAAUGAACAUAGAUAUGACCCAUCGGAGAUAUAUGGUGAUGAAUUGUACGAAGAAUUUAUUAAUAUACCAGACCCAACUAAAGAACCAAAGCAUAUAUUUGCUCAAUUUUUAUAUAUACUGAACGAAUUAGGUCCAUAUGCAGCAGAUAAAGCAGCGUUUUCCUUACUGGCAAAACUAGAGAAAUUAAAAAUAAAAGUACCGUACGAAAGACAUUUCCUUUUACUUUGCAUGUGUACAACAAUUCUUAUAAAAAUACGAGGAUACGCAGAUUACGUAUUCUCAAAGUAUUCUACGGAUUGGGAAAAGAUAAAAUUAUUUUGUACACCAAAAGUUAUAAGAUUAACGGAGAUAUUAGAACAAUUUAGACCGCAGGAAAGUGAAAAGAUUGAUAUAAACGCUCAUAGUCCGACAAAUGAAAAUAUAUGUACAAUAAAUGAAAGUAAUCAUACAUUAAAUGAAACUGAUGAUAUAAGAAAUGAAACUAAUCAAAGAAGAAAUGAAACCGGUCAUAUAAUAAAUGAAACUAAUAUAAACACAUCAAAAACAAAACAAAUGUUAAAUAUCAUAGAGAAUUGUGAUUUUACAACACUCGGUAAUAAAAUAGAAGAUCGUGUGAAUACAUAUGAAGCUAAUUUAAAAGAAAUUGAAGUGUUUAGUGCGAGUGAUAAGAAAAUUUGUGAUAAAAGUGAGUGUAAAGUGAAAGUAGAGGAAUAUAAAAGUGUUAGAGGUAGGCAGAGAGUGAGAGGUAGACCUAGAGUGUUGAAGAAUACGUCAAGAGUUCUGCAAAAUCAGAAUCCGGAUGCUUUGUGUGGGAUUAUGUUCUUGAGAGAACCGUUGAUGGCUAAGAUCUUGUUUAUGCUUAUAGUGGAUAUAUCACGUUGUCGACCAACUCUUAGUUAUAUAUGUGCUCAAUAUUGUGCUGUAGAGGUCGCUGGAGGACCACAAGAAUGUCAACGGCAAAGUAGAAAACAAGAAGAUGUACUAAAGAAGUUUCGUAUGCACGAAUGUAAUUUACUCCUAGCCACCCCCACAUUGGAAGAAGGGAUAGACUUACCAAGAUGCAAUCUUGUAUUGCGCUGGGAUGUUCCUCCAUCGUAUCGUUCGCACGCGCUGUGCCGGAGCAGGGCUAGGGCUCCGCGCUCGUCUCUCGCACUGCUAGCGGAGGCCCCAGAACAUAGUCAACUGUUGUUGCACCAUCUCGCUACAUAUCUUUGACUUUCUCAGAUAUUGACCAGGAAAUGCGGUUGCGGAGUACAGGAUGAGCCUACGAGUGAGGAAGAGAAUUAUGCAGACGAUUUGACGCCGAUUGUUAAAGCUUAUACACCAAUGGAAACUGCAAUGACACAAAACACAGAAAUGGUGAUAUCACCUGAAUAUAUGACAGAAUUAAAUAAAGAUAUAAAGCAAUAUAUUGAAGAUGAAAAGGUGAAUGUAGAAGAAUCUAAACUUACUAUGGUAAAUAUAACGGGACUAAAUGAUAAUAAUAAUAUAGAAAGAGACAGAGUUAUACAAACAAAUGAAACUGAAAGAGACGAAUACAAGAAAUCAAAGAAUGUAACAAAUGAAGAUGAAAUUAAAGUAGAAAGAGACAGAGUUAUACAAACAAAUGAAAUAGAAAGUGAUGAGGACAAGAAAUCAAAGAAUGAAAUAAAUACAGACGAAAUUGAAGUAGAAAGAGACAGAGUUAUACAAACAAAUGAGACAGAAAGAGAUGAAGAAAAGAAAUCAAAGAAUGUAACAAAUGAAGAUAAAAUUGAACAAGAAAGAGACAGAGUUAUACAAACAAAUGAGACAGCAAGAGAUGAAGAAAAGAAAUCAAAGAAUGUAACAAAUGAAGAUAAAAUUGAACAAGAAAGAAACAGAGUUAUACAAACAAAUGAGACAGAAAGAGAUGGAGAAAAGAAAUCAAAGAAUGUAACAAAUGAAGAUGAAAUUGAAAUAGAAAGAGACAGAGUUAUACAAACAAAUGAAAUAGAAAAAAAUGAAGAAAAGAAAUCAAAGAAUAUAACAAAUGAAGACGAGAUUGAAGUAGAAAGAGACAGAGUUAUGACAACCAAUGAAACAGAAAGAGAUAGUGUUACUAAAUGUGAUAGUGCUAAUAAAAAUAUAGUGGAUUGUGAUAUAAAUGAUGGGAUGUUAAAAAAAAGUGACUCGGAUAUAGCCAGUGUGGAUUUGAGUACAGCAAUUGCACUAAUAAAUAGAUAUUGUGGCAAGUUACCAUCAGAUACGUUCACACGUCUCGCACCACAAUGGUGGAUGGAGGAGGUGUCUCUGCCGGACAGAGAGGGAAAUAUGAAGACAGCAUAUAUCUGCACUCUUCGAUUACCUCUCAACUGUCCUGUCAAGUAUAAUAUUGUGGGUCAUCCGAUGCCAUCCCGUGUGUUAGCCAGACGAAUGGUGGCAUUACAGGCUUGCAGGAUAUUACACAAAAGUGGAGAAUUAGAUGAUCAAUUGAUGCCUAUCGGUAAAGAAAACUUCAAAGCAGUAGAAGUUGACGGUGCAGUCAACAAUGGUAAUGGAAUCGAACCUAUAGACCCCAAUGAUUCAGCGCGACCUGGUACUACUAAACGACGUCAGUAUUAUUAUAAACGGACAGCGUGCGCCUUCAUUGACUGUCAACCUAUUGUUGACACAACUGAUGAGGAGAUAGAAUCACCUGAUUCUGACACAAUCAAGAGAAACCCUAAACCUGGUGAAAAAAGAAACACCCUGUACGCUAUAGACUCAAGACUGUGGUGUGCGUUGCCGGAGAGGUACAACACGCGCGGGCGACGUCUGCACGCGCCGCAACACGCGCGACAGGCGAUAGGCAUACUGAUGGCCAGGCACAGAGCUGACAAGUUACAGAUUCCAGCAUUUCCUGUAUAUACAAGAUCUGGUGAGGUUCGUGUAUCAGUAGAUUUGGCUGAAGAAGCGGACGUAAGAUUGUCACCAAGGAGAGCUCGUUUGGUUAGAAGAUUUAUGCGUUUCGUGUUCUCCGAUGUAUUGAGAGUUAGAAGACGCGGUAUGAAACUACAAAGUGAAGGUUCAACGCAUAACAAUUAUUACAUUGUACCAACGAUUAAAUCAAUAAAUGAAGAUGGGACCUCAAAAGUGGAUAUAGAUUGGUCAUUCCUUGAAUUAAUAUUUAAACAUACGGAAGAAAAGAGAAGUUUGGAAGUGGAAAAACCAAUUUUCUUCCAACAGGAAGACGAAGAAGAGAUAGAGGAGAAGAAAGUUGAAAAUAAAGGGAAGGGUAAAGACGGCAAGGUAAAGAAGAUGGAUAAUCCUCUGCUCAAGGAAGGGGAAACUUUUACUUUUGAUCCAGAAAAAUAUAAAGAAGCCGUAGUUACACCUUGGUAUAGGAAUCAAGAUCAACCUCAAUUCUUCCUUGUGGCUGAAAUAUGUUGGAACUUAAGUCCGGACUCAGCGUUCCCUUCCGCCACGCACACCACAUUCAGAGACUACUACAGCACUAAGUACGGCGUCACACUCACACAGCCGAACCAGCCGCUGCUCGAUGUAGACCAUACUAGUGCCAGGCUCAACCUGCUCACACCCAGAUACGUGAAUCGUAAAGGGGUAGCCUUACCGGUGUCUUCAGAAAGGACAAGACGUGCUAAGAGAGACAGAUUGGAUCAGAAGCAGAUAUUAGUACCGGAGUUGUGUAGAGUACAUCCAUUUGCAGCUCCGCUAUGGUUUGCUACUGUGGCUCUACCUUGUGUACUUUACAGGAUAAAUGCUUUACUAAUAGCAGAUGAGAUUCGUCGAGCUGUCGCUAUAGAUGUGGGUUUAGGUAUACCUAAAAUUGAUGACACAACUUGCCCAGGAUUUCAAUGGCCGCCACUAGACUUUGGAUGGAGUUUAGCUGAGGUUUUGAGUGCUGAUUCAGAUAAAGGUGAUAAGAAGAAAGAUUACGAUGAUGAUGAUUCAAGUGAAAAAGACCAGAAAGAAUUAAAGUCAAUAGAAGAGACGCUAGAAGAUAAAGUGGAGAAUGAGUCAGGGGAAGACAGAGAAAAGACAAUCAAUGAUAUAUUGCAGGAGAAAGAAGAUGCUGAAAAUGGUUUUGAGAUUGGUACAUGGAGCAACGAUAUGGCGUCUUGUAUACCAGAAACAGUGGAUUUUGAUGAAUAUUUAGAACCUUUACCUUCGAAUCUUACCUUCUGUACUUCUGCCUCUGGAGGUGCAAACUGGAAUUGUCCAAUAGAGAAGCCGAAGCAAUAUUCAUCUAGAACAUUCUCUGUAGCUGACAGCGAUUGUUCAUAUAUGUCCAGUGAUUUCGAUACGGAUGAUUCAGAUAUGAAUUCAGAGGGAAGUGAUGAGGAGACAGAUGCGAGUGGAUUUUGCAGCAGUAAGAAUUCUAAUGCGGCGAUGGGUGUACGCAUAGAGUACAAGACAGCACACGAGGCGGAGGCUGUGGACGUGGAGAGAGUGCGACGUGGUGCUCCACCUCCUCACACAUGCGAACUGGACGACGCACACGACAUGCGCACUCAUAGAGACACACUCAGACACGCACAACCACCACAAAUGUACAUUGAAAAAUUCCGCGAAUCAGUGAGACAACAUGAAAAAUAUAUAAAAAAUAAUGAAUUAUUAAUCGAUAAAGAUAAAUCGAUAAUCGAUUUGUUACCCGAUACAUCGAAAGAUAUCGAGAAGAAAACGAAAUCGAUUGAAAAUAUCGAUAUAUCAGACAUCUUUCCAUAUAACAAUGACGAUAUAAUAUUUGAAAACGGACAGAUAACUUUGGAUAGCGUAGAGAAGAAUAAACGUCGUCUUCUUGAUCAUAUUAAGAAGAAUUUACUUCUAGAAGAUAUUAAGAAGAUGAAUUGCUUUUCAAUGAAAGAUGUGAACAUUGAUUCUACAGAUUAUAUUAAUGAGAAAUUAGUGAAUGUAGGCUUUGAUGGGAAAGAUAAAUAUAAGGAAAAAAUAGAAAAAUGGAAACAAAAUGAUUUACAACUUUAUAAAGAUGUUAAAGUUCAAGAUAAUUUUGAUUUUGAUUAUCAACCGGAAUUAGACGGACAUCCGGGGCCUAGUCCUAGUGUUAUUUUACAGGCUUUAACAAUGUCGAAUGCAAACGAUGGUAUUAAUCUAGAACGUUUAGAGACGAUAGGUGACAGCUUUCUUAAGUUUGCAAUAACAGCAUAUUUGUAUUGCGCCCAUCCAACUGUACAUGAGGGGAAGUUGAGUCAUAUGAGGAGUAAACAGGUAUCAAAUUUGAAUCUAUAUCGUCUGGGGCGCGGCAAACGACUUGGUGCUCGUAUGACCGCGUCAAAGUUUGAGCCUCAUGACAACUGGCUGCCGCCGUGUCAUCGCGCACCUCCCACGUUGCAUCACAAACAGGCUGAAGGUCAGGAGCAGUCAAUGGGAGAGGGUGCAGUUGACAAUGCUGGUUGCUUCAUACCUUACAACCUUAUUACACAACACAGUAUACCAGAUAAAUCAAUAGCGGAUUGUGUUGAAGCAUUGAUAGGUGCUUAUCUACUUGAAUGUGGACCUCGAGGUGCGCUGCUGUUUAUGUCCUGGCUGGGCAUACGUGUACUACCCAGACAUGAUAUACAGAUAGAUGAUAACCAUCCUUAUGUUAUAGGACAUAAGGAUGAUAUUACACCUACUGUUGUUGAGAAAUCAACACCACCUACAAAACGUCAACAGUGUACAUCAGAAUCGGACUCUGAUUUUGAUGACGAUGAUGAUGAUGAUGUAGGUGAUCAGAUACAAUUGGAACUAGGUCCUGAAGAUUGGAGCUGGACAGGAAGAGCUGUGGGUUCUCUCAAACCUUACAAAAAGGAUGGUGUUUGGUAUCAGCCCAUCUAUGGAGAAUUAAGAGCUCCGCCAUCACCACUUUUAAGAUAUAUAGAAGAUCCUGAAGGAGAAUUGGAACAGAUGCUUUCUGGUUACGAAGCAUUGGAACGUACUCUACAAUAUCGUUUCAAAGACAGAUCUUUGUUACUGCAAGCGUUGACACACGCCUCACAUCAGAAGAACAGAUUGACAGACUGUUAUCAACGACUAGAGUUCUUAGGAGAUGCUAUAUUAGAUUAUCUAAUAACUAGACAUUUGUAUGAAGACGCGCGACGUCAUUCUCCAGGCGCACUCACAGAUCUACGCUCAGCGUUAGUUAAUAAUACUAUAUUUGCAACAUUAGCUGCAAGACAUGGCUUCCAUAAAUACUUUAGACACAUGUCGCCCGGAUUGAACGAAGUUUUGACGAAAUAUGUGAAAAUACAAGAAGAAAAUGGACAUUCUAUUAGUGAAGAGCAUUAUUUAAUUCAUGAAGACGAAAUGGAACAAGCAGAAGAUGUGGAAGUACCAAAAGCGUUGGGAGAUUUAUUUGAAUCUAUAGCUGGAGCUAUAUUUCUAGAUUCAGGUAUGUCUCUGGGUGCGGUGUGGAGGUCCUACGUACGGCUAAUGGGCGCGGAGUUGGAGGCGUUCAGUGCUGCAGCGCCUAAAUCACCUGUAAGAGAGUUACUAGAAGCAGAACCAGAUACAGCUAAAUUUGGUAAACCGGAGCGUCUGGCGGACGGUCGUCGUGUUCGCGUCUGUGUGGAGGUGUUCGGUCGCGGCGCGUUCAAAGGUGUCGGCAGGAACUAUCGCAUCGCAAAAGGCACCGCAGCAAGAUGUGCUCUCAGACAUCUCAAGAUACAUAGAACUAGGUAGUGUUGGGAAGAUAAUCCGGCACUGCCGGUGUAGCGUAAUACUACCCUUGUUUAUGUUCACUACAUGUGACACUUGACUUUGUAACGAAAGCACACUUGCUUCAAAUGAUUCUAAUUAUACAGUGUCUAUUUAAGAUAGUUUGACAACUGACGCCUAUAAAAUAUCUAAUUAAUUUUGUAUGAAGAUUAAUGUUGUACUUAAUGUACGGUUGUCAUAGUGUCGAUUUGUCGCACAAUUCAUUUGACAAUUAACUAGAUAUGGGUUGAGUAAAAUCGAUUAAGAAUUUUUUCCAUUUUCUAUGUUUGUUCUCAUAGAACUUGCUAUCGAAAAUUUCGUGAAUAUUUUUGAUUUACAAUAUAAAUAAAAUUGUCUCUUUCUAUUUCUACUUUAUCCUUCAUAACUACAUAAAGAAAUAAGAUAUUAAAC